UCACUGGCUUUAUUUGUAUUUUUUUUCCAUGAUAAUACUCCAUAGUAAUCAGUCUGAGCCGUUGAGUUGACGUGGACUGACGUAAGGCGUGCAAUAGUGUGUUAGUUGUAGUGCUCGAGUCGAUAUUGUUAUUUAAUAGUUCAUCAACAAAAUCGACUCUAGCAUCAACUGGUUAAAUUAGCGAGGCGCCAAGAACAGUAUUAAGUAGUAUUAUAAGAAGUGAUACAACGUUUGUGAUUUUAGCAGUAUUAAAUGAAAGUGUAUAAGUUCAAAAUGUGGGAAAGUGCAAGUGGUUUUAGUUAGUGAUAAUGUCAGUGAGGUGACGCUGGGCCCAGCCAUUGCGGCUGAUGUGAAUGAGACUCGAAAACAUUCCUCUAUUAAAAAUCGUGAGCCAGGGCCCGCAGGAUAAAAGCAAGGAUAUUUGCAAAAUGACCAAGGGCCCUCGCAAAGUGAAGCUAGUCAUUGUAGUCAACAAUAAAAAAGACCCGCCAACGUUCAAGACCCUAACGCCGACGUCUCGCACGCAGCUGAAGCAACAGUUGAUGCGAGAGCAUGCGCAGGAGCAGCUUAGAAGAGAAUCAUUACAGGCACAACAAUCAGGGCAAUCCAAAGACAAUGAAGACAAGAAGAAGUCCUCGCCGACGGAGGUGCCUCGGAUCACGCCGCUCGUCGAAUUACCUCCACAAGUUCUACAGGUCCGAACAGUUCUGGAGAAUCCCACCAGGUAUCACGUGAUCCAGAAGCAGAAGAGCCAGGUGCGCCAGUACCUCAGUGAAUCAUUUCAACCGCAGGCGCAGACGAAUGGGCGGGGCGCUCCCGCGCAGUCCGCGCCGGAGCUGGGCAGCCGGACCCCGGGCUCGCCGGACCGCGGCUCCUCCUCCAGCCUGCUCAGCCCCGGGAUCUGCUCCGUGGGCACCAACAACUCGGAGGCGGACGAGUUCCUGGACGACAUCCUGUCGCUGGACGCGGGCGCGGCGCUGUCGUCGGGCGCCAGCUCGCUGGCCGGCGACGGCGCGCUGCCCGACGCCGACAUGCACGCGCUCGCCAAGGACAGGCAGAAGAAGGACAACCACAACAUGAUCGAACGCCGCCGCCGUUUCAACAUCAACGACAGAAUAAAAGAACUGGGCACGUUGUUACCAAAGACAAACGACCCGUUCUACGAGGUCAUACGGGACGUGAGGCCGAACAAAGGGACGAUACUGAAGAGCAGCGUGGACUACAUCAAGUGUCUGCGCGACGAGGUGAACCGGCUGAAACAGGGCGAGCAGAGGCGGAAGCAGAUCGAGCUGCACAAUAGGAAACUGAUGCUGAGGAUACAGGAGCUGGAGCGGCUGGCGCGGCUGCACGGCGUGCCGCUGGGCGGCGCGUCGCCCGCCGACAGCGGCGUGGACACGGCCGGCUCCGACGCGCUGCCCUCGCCCGCGCACGCGCCGGAGCUGACAUUGCCAAAAUUGGAACCCUCGUCUUUUAUGGACUUAGAAAAGGAGGUGGUGAUGCCGAAAUCUGAGCCGGCGCCGCUCAUGGAGCUGACGGAGCAGACUUCAGAUCUCAUGAGAGAUGUUCCCUCCAACGAGUGUCUCAACGCUUUGGACGCACUCGAUGGCCUAAAGCUAGGCUCGUGUUCGCCUCUGAGUCGAGACGAAGGUUUAUCAUUAGGGUGCCUGGAACCCGACCUGUGUCUAGAUCCGGUGCCCGAGCACGACUUAUAUAACCAUAAGGAUGUUAAGAUGCGGCUGUCGCCGGCGGCGGGGCUGCUGGGGCUGGCGCACAUGGCCGACCUCAUGGACGACGACUGCCGCAACCCCGUCACCGCCGGAGAUCCCAUGCUCUGCUCGUCUCCUACGUCUCAGCUGUGUCUCAGCGACGUGGUGGCGGAAGCGGCUGACGGGAGUAUGGCGGGCAUGCUACAUGACGACUCCUACUCGCAUGCUGCUGGCGCGUCGUCCCUUAUGUCGGACGCGGCCAUGGGGCUGGGGCUGGAGGCGCCGUGCCUGCUGCUGGGGCACCACCACCCGCACUCGCCGCACCGCCACCCCCGGCAGCCCUGCUUCGACAUGGACCUCAGUUCCUAGCGAUUUAAACCCGCCAUCGCAGUACUUCGGGGCCCAGGGUCCGCCUUCAGACUUUCCUCUCCACUUUCUCCAGUCCACGGCGUCCUCAGUUAAGUCUAUUGGCUCCUUUAUCUUAAACGUCUAGCCAGGGUUCCUUUAGUCUACCUUGGUCCAGCAGUGGCGGCUUUGAUAAACAGUCUACAAUUGGCGCCCAACGUGUGACAGAGUUAAAUCCUGAUUACUAGAUUUAUUUAUUUACUUUUGAGUACAAUACAAGUUGUAGCUAAACAAAUAUAAAAUUAAAUAACGAAUGGAACAAUUAGACUGUAAUAAUUUAACUGAAAUAUUAGUAGAACUUAAUAUUUCAGUUAAGUUAUCCAAUAAAUAAAUUGAUAUUAAAUUUACUGUUAAACUGUGGUGUUACUUGCUUAAAAAUAGGCAUGUUUCAAUUAAUUAUAAAUUAACUUUUUGAACCAAUUUAUCGCAAAUGUACCAUAUAAGUAAUAGACUGUAAUCUUUAUGAAAGAUUCAAUAUAUAAACUCAUAACUUACCGAGUGACUGACGGACAUCGCACAGCCCAAACUACUGAACGGAGAAAGUUGAAAUUUGAUAUGAAAGUCCCUUAGAGUAGGCACUAAGAGAGGAUUUCUGGAUCUCUCGUUUUACGCGAGCGAAGCCGAGGACGUCUUUUAGUCUGUUACUAAAAAUAAACCCCCCAUUUCGCCACCGAGCAAGUAACACCUAGCGAAAUGAGGCAAAUUGGUGUAGCGCCAUCUAUUGUUAAAUUAUGGAACUAAUAUUUAGUCUGAGCCGUAGUGAAUUAAUAUUUAAAAUAGAUAUUAUAUUGAACUUAUUUAUGUUAUAUCGGAAAAUAUUGUGUGGAUUCAUAAAACGUCAUUAAAUACAGUUUCAAAUAGAGAGUUCUCACUUCUUCAAACAAAACAAAAGAAGUGUGUCAAGUUUCUCUAAAAAAUUUACUUACGUAAUAGUACAGAGUUAUGACAAUAGAUGGCGUUGUACUGUAAUUUUUGACAUCGACAAUUUUUUACCACAAAAAUGUAUGACUUAUCACAAAAUGGUGUUUCAAUUUUAUAGAUCUCUAGAGAUAUUUUUGCAUAAAAGACGUGUGUGUGAGAUACGUACUUCGAAUAAAAUUGAGAUUUUUUUGAUGCUUUUUGAGGCAAGAGGCAAGAAAGGAUGGUAAAAGUCAUCCUUUUGGUACAUUCAAUUGAACUUUUCUCCUUGUGCAAAAUUUAUGUAUUUAAAAAAAGCAAAAAAUCAUUAAGCCUUUCGUGUGAAAUGUCCUAAUUAUUAUCUGAUCCAAUUAUAUUUAAAAAAAAUUAACCUGGAAGUUAUCAUAUUCUAUUUACAAAAGUUACCACACGAAUAUUAAUAAUAUAUUUAUUAUUUAUAUAACGCUUGCGGUAAAAAAAACAUAAAACACGUCUACAUCCCUUACGGAGUGGACAGGGCCAACAGUCUCGAAAAGCCUAAUAGGCCACUUUCAUCUAAACUGCUUAAUUUAAAAAAUAUUUUAUGAAUCGUUUCGCGUAAGACUUAAUUUCUAGUUUCUUGCCUCUAAAAAGUUGAUAUUCUCGCUAUAUGAUUCCGUAUGUUCGUAUGUUUUUUUUUUUUAAUUUAAAUAAUAUCUUAAGUAUACAAGCUGCUACAAAGAUUCUAGUUAUAACGUGUUCAUUAUAAACCUUUAGUAGCACGAUUUGUGAAUUGUCACGUUUUUUUUAAGGCAAAAGAACAUUUAGGCAAAUUUAAGAUUAUAGUUUUAACAGAAACAACGUGUAAGUACAUAUAUACUGGAACCCAGACUCGCUUAUACGAAGUCCAGGAAACAAAACGCACAUUCGUGUUUAUCCCUUACGGAGUAGACAGAGCCAACUGACUCGAAAAGACUGAAAGGCCAAUGUAGUUUUACACUUUUCGAUCCAAUUCAUUUUAUUGCCGAAAAUGCGGUGGGAAAUAGAGACAUUAACAUCUCUAUCUCACUCUAAUUGGUGUAAUUGGAAAAAGACGGAACGAAGAAAGAUUUUUAAAUAAAGAAAUGUUUAAUGACCGUCUUUAAAAAAGGCGUUCUUAGAUUGACCUGUAUACAUAUGUGUUUGUUCGUGAUUACCUCGCAUUUCACUGAAUCAAUUUUGAUGCGGUUUUCAGGAAAGUGUUUGUUCUUAGCUAACCUACUUCAAAAAAGGUAGAGGCUCUUUUUCCCACUAAAGUCAUUUAGCAGUUUGGUUUCCAGAUGGUUUGUUAUGUACUGUAAGAAUAUUGACGAAUCCCAGUUAUAGUGUGAAGCCAAAGAAACGCGCAGACAGACAUUGUAUUUGUGUAUUUUUUUAUAGAAAAAGUACAGUGUAAUAAAUAUAAAAGUGUACCAUGUUAUCGUUGGUAUGUAUCGAGGUCGGUUCACAAGUAAAGUACAGCAGACUCAAUAGAAAAAUGUACCCUCGUAUGUUACGUAUCCAAGUGGUAUACUCUUCUAAGCAGCCCAGUGUACCGUGUAUUUUGUAUUUUAUUAAAUCUUCGAAAUCUUUUACAGAAAUGGUAUUUUAACCCUAAAAUGGAUCUUCCAAUACAUGAUUGACUAAAUUCUAUAGAUUACUUCUUUAAAAAUAGUAAAAAUUGUGAUAUUGUUGUUACCCGCUCAUAAUAAGAUUACUCGACUGCGUUGAAAGUUGUGUUAUGCGUGCAAUUUCGUACGCUUUUGUUGUUAAAUAAAUAUAUUGGUGCUUAUUUUUUUUCUCAGUAUAAAAAUCAAAUAAAAGAUAUAACUUAAAGAUACUUAUAAAUGUUUACUGGUGCUAAAAAGUAAGCAAUAUUAAAUAUUUUACAAAUUUAUUGAAAUAUCAAGUAUUCUUAAACUAUGUAUGUAUUAUGAUAUUAAUUAUAUACAGUACAUGAUAACACCUCAAGAUAUUAAUUAUAUAGAUAUAUAUUAACACUACUUUCUAUUAUAUUAAAAUAAAAUAUAUUUUAUUUUUUAUUCAAAGUAUAUGUCACUUUGGACUUAAUAUUUUAUACAUUAUAUUUGUACAUUAUAUUUUUGUAUUAUAUUUAUACAAAAAGAAACUGGGAUAUUAAAAACGGAAGGACCACAAUGUGUACACUGUAAAUGUGAUAAAGUACCUAUAUUUUUAGAUGAUUGUUAAAGGAAUCGUUAGUUUUUGUAUAUAAUUAUGAAUAAGCAUUCAACGUGCCUUGCUUAUAGAUAGUUUACGCGGAAGUAUUAGGGCGUGUUCACACGUAUCAGUGCAAUUUAAUUAUUUCACAACCUCUUUGGUGUAGUGGUUUGGUAUAUUUGACUGUUGAUAGUUUUGAAAACGUAAUAAUACAUACAUAUAAUCCUGUAUAUAUCCCUUGCGGGGGAGACAGUGCCGACAGUCUUAAAAAGACUAAUAAGCCCCGUUCAGCUGCUUGGCUUAAUAAUAAAAUUGAGAUUCAAAUUGUAACAGGUUGCUAGCCAGUAACCUAAAGGAAGAAUCCCAAGUUUAUAAGCCUAUCCUUUAGUCGCCUUUUACGACAUCCAUGGGAAAGAGAUGGAGUGGUCCUAUUCUUUUUCCUUUAUGUGCCGGGAACCACACGUAAUAAGAGGACUGUUACCGAAUGAUUACCUAUCUCUAUCUGUGGUUAACCAGAGACAUGAAGAGAUGAUAAGAUAAUUGAAGAACAUACAUUUUAAAUUUCAUUACAAUAAACUGAAAUUGAAAGUAAUUAAUUUCACUAUUUACAAUUUAGGAUUAAAAAAACAUGUUACUAAAUUUAGCAACCCCUGUAUUCUUGAUAGAUGUGAACAUACCCUAAUAAAAAUUAUUAUUGUAAAUAAUGUUUGUUAAAUUAACAUUGCUUAAGAGAAAUACCUUGUAAGGUAUUUCGUCUUAGACGGCCUGCAUUGUUAAUUUUUGCAAUGAAUUUAUGUAAUGUUGUCACGUUACAACGUGUUUUAGGUGAAUAUUCAAUGUUAAAUUUGUUCAAAAUUUUAGUAAACAUUAAAAUUUGUCUUGAUCAUCAAAAAAAAAAUAUUUUAAUUUAUGAGAUAAAUUUAUUUCUUUGGCUGUCUAAAAUUGUAAUUAACGCUGAUCCGUUUUAAAGCAACGCUUUGUGUUAAUGUUGUGGUAAUAAAUUGUUAAAGAGAUUAUCACAAAUCUAAAAUUAAUUUAAAAAUACAAGUCUAUCUAAAAAAAAAAUUUGAAGAUUUUUCGACUACCAUACGUCGCAUGUUGAUAAAGCAAUGAAUUUAUGUCGAUUGAUAAUUAUUACAUAGAACAAAUAACAUGUAGUUGUUAAAUCAGUGAGCCUUUUGUUAUUAGAUAAUAAAUCGUUGUUUUGUUUGUAAGCCUGAAUAGAAUGGUGCUGUUCGCUCGAUGUUUCAUGGAAAUCUUUAAAGAUUUUAAGUAUUAAUUAUCAUCGAAUCAUGGUUAUGAAAUAAAUCUUUACAAGAAUAAUAUGAAAAAACAGGCUUAGUCUAUAUUUUUAACUGUUAUAUUUUAAUGUGACCACAUAAUUAUACUUCAGUAUUUUACAAUUAAUAAGUAGAUUUUUAUCAAAAUACAUAGGUUUUUUUAUACAAUUUUGUUUUUCAUGAAUUGUUGCCAGAUUAAAUAAGUUUUAGAUGAAAUGUUUAUAUAACCUUAAUGGCCUUUUACAAAAGUGAUAUUCAGUGCCUUACUUGAACAAUAGAAUAAGUAGUAUAUAUUUUAUCAGAAAAAUGUAAUAACUGUGCUAUUAUUAAUAAGUAAAAUUACUUUUUUCGUGUAAGUUAAUAAACGCGAACCGAUGUAAUAAAGAUUAUAAUAUAUAUAUUUUAAGAAAAUGUUGCAACUUAAAAAUUGUUGCUUUUAUUUAUUUUUAGAGAAUUUUGAAUUUUGUUUGCGAGCGGUACUCAAGCACAAAUUUAUCUGUUACGUACGAGUGUUAUUUAAUAUUGUAUGAGAUUAAAAUGUUGAAGUACAAAAAAGUAAAUAAUUGAAAUGAGAA